AUGUUAUCAUUUUAUAGUACAGGACAGUUUCCUAAAUCUUUAGAUCCACCUUCUCGUUUUAAGCAAAGAUAAGCAAGCAAAGUAUUUAAUAUAUCAUUUAAUAUAGGGAGAUGGUGAAUCAUUGUAUAAAAGAAACUUUGAAGAUCCUUAAAAACAUGAUUUUAAAUAAAGUGCUCAUGCUUUGAAUUAAGAAUUCCAUCACAAAUAAUACCACAAAAUAAAUGCUGAUUAUAAGUAUAUCUGUAAAUCUAAAAUAACAAAGAGAGCGUUUCUUUGAUACUAUGCACAAUACUACAAAGCCAUAAUAAUAAGAAGAUAAGUUAUUUUAUUAAAGUGCAGCAAGAUAACAGAAUCUAGAGUAACCUAAUCAUCUUCACAAUUGGAAAAUUGUUAAAGAGAGAUAGUAUGCAGAGUAUAUAAUUACAAAUAUAUUAUAGACGAGUGCAAUAACAAUCAAAAUGUGAGUAAGGAAAACUUGUUAACAAAAAUGAAUAUUAAGUUACUUCAUCAGGAAAUACUGAAUCUAAAUCAAAUACUUUGGUUAGAUCUAAUAUGUUUGAAAUAUCAAAACCUUUAUUAAGAAUUAACAAUGACCUUAAAAGUCAAUAAUUAAUUAAAAAUGUACAAAUUGUAUCUGAUGAUAUACCUGAAUGGUGUUCUUCUACAAAUAAAUAUUAUACUCCUGAAAAUAUUGAAUAAAUUAAAAAGCAAAGGUAAUAACAAUUAGCUAAAGCUGAUAUUUUGGGUAAUUUUAUUAAAGAACCAAAAAAAGAUCCUGAAAAUAAAGUUUAUUAAGAUAAUCCAUUUGUAGGCUAAAGAUAUGUAAAUAAUCUGUUUUAUUUAAGGAACCUAAAAGAAUGUGUGUUUUUUAUGAAAAACCAGAUCAUGUGAGAGGACAAUAGUGUGCUACUUAAGAUUUAAGUAAAUCUAAAGUGAAUUUAACAUGGAAAGAAAAUGUUUAAUCAUAAAGAUUUGAACCUAAAUUACCAGAAACUAUCGGUAGAUCAGAUCAACCUGUUAUUAAGACUCUUAAUUAAAAAAGAGAUCCUAAUUUUCCUAAAGUUGAAAAAAUUGGUCAAUCAGAUGUGUAUUUAUUUAUUAUUAUAUUUUAGUUAUAAAAAAAUAGAAAAGGAUAAACCUAUUUAAUUAAAAAUUGGCCAUGGUACUCCUUCUACAUUGAAUCCAGUUAAAUAUUGA